AUGCCUCCUAAAAGAAAAUGCUUAUCUGGAUAUGCAAAACGCUUAAAGAAGAAAAAAGAUGCAGAGUUAGUUAAAUCUUUAAGGGGAAAUCUUGAUAAGUUCAUUACUAGUGAACCAGAAGAUUUGGGUGAACAUUUGGUUAAUGAAGAGGUAGAAGAGCAAACUGAUAGGGAAGAUAAUGUGCAAAAGCACACUGAUGGCAAUGAAAUUGUUGAUAAUUUGGGUCUGGUUGAAAAUGAGAAUGAUGCGGGACAUAAGGAUAAUGUGAAUGAUGCGGAUGUGACUCCCACGAAUAUUUUGGAUCCAAGAAAUCGGGAUAGCUUGGAUAAAAAGUUAAUAGAUUUGUUGGUAGGAAAAGGUCCUCUUAGAGAUCUUUCAAUAGAAAAUGGUCUUCCACACAAGUUUAAUAGAGAUUUCAAUUCAAAAUUUUACGCUUGGUUUUUAGGAAAUGUAGAGAAAUAUGACAGAGAGUGA